GUUUUAAAUGUGUCACGGUAUGAGGUGAUCAAAGACCAAAGGUCGUGGUCUUUUUAAACGACAUUUUCACAGUCAAUAAUGGAAUUUGGAGCUAUCCAACUUUCGUAUUAAAAAACUAGCUACUCACGAUGGCGAUUCUUGAUGGUUUAUCUAAAUGCAUUACGGCCGUCUCAUAUGCACUGAUUUUGGUCGCUUCGGUGAUACUUAUAACUGUUGGGGGGAGCAUACUUGUAAUCGCUGCGCGUUACAAACACGCUGUGACUGUAACAAACUUACAAUUUCCUGGUUAUAUUGUGCUUGGCACAGGUUUAUUGCUUCUGUGUGCUGGAGUGAUUGGUUUCAUAGCCUGCAUCAAACAUAAUCGCUGUCUACUUGUGUUGUUGUACGCAUUGUUGCUCACUGUUUUACUAUGUGAAAUGGCUGUUAUCAUCGUCUCUAUAUUUUACUGGCCAAAAGUUAGAGAACAAAUAAGUGAAGUUCUUCAUGAAGAUCUGAGGAUGUAUAAUAAAGUUGCUGAAGUUCGACAGAUUGUCGAUUUAAUCCAGUCAAACUUUGAGUGUUGCGGAGUGGAAAAUCAGUCAGAUUGGAAAUUUUACAAUGAUAGCAGUUAUCCUCAAAGUUGUUGUAAAAAUCGUCAGUUAGAAGAAUCGUUUAGCAAUAAAGAGUGCAUCUACCAUCAGUAUGGCUGCCUCAAUUUCUUGGAACGUGAAGUUAAAAGAUAUUUGGGUUAUGUCAUUGGAUCUGCAUGUACCUUUUUCUUGUUGCAGCUUAUCGGUUUGCACAGCAUGUGCGUUGUGAUUUGUCGGUCUCAGUCAAUCCAUCGUUGGCAUAAUGAGGGUUAUAUUAGUAUAUAAUCUGUCGUGAUUAAGUUUAUGGUUAAUUUUGGGUACCGAAGUGUUUUAUAUUUCUACAAAGGAGGUAUAUUGGACUCGUAGUGCUCCAUACCUAAGCUAAAUACCCUGCUUCUUUGCACAUAGGUCAUUCGUUGAUUUCAUUGACAGAGACCAUUCAGGAGGACUAUCGUACGCUUAUUCAUUUUAUUGUUUAUAAUUCUCGAUCUAUUUCAUCAUCAAAUACAUUAAAUUAUU